UAUCGAUUUUUGAUGUAUCAAUGGUUCUGUCGUCGUCAUCGAAAAUCGUAGACAUUUACAUUCUUGUACAGGAAAAUUAUGUGUAUUAACAAAAAGUAAAUUGAACACUUCAAAGUUUUUAAUAGAUUGUGGAUUGUGGAUACGACAUCAUGGUGAAUCGACCUGAUAGUUCAUCCACACGCUCUGACAAAAGCUCAUCAAGUACAAGAUCAUCGAUGAAGAAAAAUAACAACAUUAAGAACACUUUUGUGCGAUCGAAAAGUGGAAAUGAUUAUAAGGAGAAAAAUGGAACGCAAAACAGAUUAAGGAAUGCUUCGUCAUUGCAGAGUAUUUCGAAAGCAAGUGGAAAUCAAACGAAUCGGGGAAUGAAAAAAUUCAAAUCGAAUGGAAGUGUGGACUCAACUGAUAUUGGAGUUAAAUCAUCGGGUAGCUCAACACCUCUCGAAGAUAAUAUUAAUGUUGUUGUUCGUGUGAGACCAUUAAGUGAAAAGGAAGUCAAGGCGAGUGACGACUCGAUUGUCCAAUUUCCAGGGAAUGGACAAAUACUUUGUGAGGGUCAGAAUGACUCGCAGAAACCGAAACUAUUCACAUACAAUGUGGUGUUUGAGCCCGGCGCCACCCAAGAGGAUAUUGUGCAGUAUUGUGGAAUAAAACGUCUAAUUGAAAUGGCCAUCGAGGGAUUCAGCUCCACAGUCUUCUGUUAUGGACAAACCGGAAGUGGAAAAACUCACACGCUAACCGGCCCACCACAAUUGUUUGUUGGAAAGAAACCCGAUUUAAAUCACAAGGAUCAUGGCUUAAUUUUCCGAUCGUUCUUCUACUUAUUCCAACUGCUUCAACAACGACAAGAAAACACGCAAUUCAUCUUGAAAGCUUCUUUUCUGGAGAUUUACAAUGAAAAGGUAAUUGAUUUACUCAAUCCUGGUGCAGCACGUAAAAAGCCGUUGGCAGUGCGAUGGUCGAAAAAAAUGCGAGGUUUUUAUGUAGAAAAUUUGUUUCUUGUUGAUUGCGAAGAACUCGACGAUUUGUUGGCAGUUUUAGAAGAGGGUAUGAGAAAUCGCGCAGUUGGUUCACAUUUAAUGAACGAUCAUUCUUCAAGAAGUCACACAAUUCUUACCGUUCACAUAACUUCCGAGCAACAGGCGGAAAAUGAGAAAAGUGUCUUCAUAAGUAAACAGGGAAAAAUUAAUUUUGUUGAUCUUGCGGGCUCUGAAAUGACAAAGAAAACUCAGAGCGAAGGGAAAACUUUAGAAGAAGCUAAUAAUAUAAAUAAAAGCCUAAUGGUCUUAGGGUACUGUAUUGCGUCAUUAGCUGAUAGCAAGAAGCGCAGUGGGCAUAUUCCUUAUAGAGACAGUCAACUCACAAAACUUCUAGCAGACAGUCUGGCGGGAAAUGGAGUGACGUUAAUGAUUGCGUGUAUUUCCCCUGCAAAGUCUAACCAAUGUGAAACAAUCAACACUCUUCGAUAUGCUGCUCGAGCGAAAAAAAUCAAAACCAAACCUUUGAUUAUUAUCGAUCCACGAGAAGCAUUAAUCUUAUCAUUGAAAAGGGAAGUGAACGCUUUAAAAUUGGAAAAUGAGCAUUUGAAAUCAUUGAGUGCGUUCCAUAUGUCGCCUCGAUCGGGUUCGGCGCAAAUAAAUGGCAACAAUGAUCGAUCGAGUGCUAUUGUGACACCAAAGAUUGAUGUGGAGCGCUUGGCUGAACUGGAGAACAAUGAAUUGUCUGAGCUUGUGAAACUUUAUAUGACGGAAAACCAAUCUUUGAGACAAGAGAAUAAUGAACUUUAUACAACCAAAGAUAUUUUACUACGCGACCAGGAGUUGGUUAGUCGUGAGAACGAGCGGCUUUUGAAAAAGCUCGAGGACGUCAAUUCUGUUUGUUGUCGCUCACCGAUCAUACCAGCACGACCAACCAUGAGUGGCGAUGUCUUCAAUUUCUCUACAAAUAGUGACACUGAUAUUACCAAUUCAAAUUAUUGGCGGAACCCAUUAAAUGCCAGCAGUGAAUUUAUUGAUGGAAGAAUGUCUUCGGCUGAAAACAAAAUUUCUGAUUCAGUUCAAAAAGAAAUGGAUAAGAUGAGAAUUUCUGACAGUAUAACGACAGUGGCAGGAAGUCUGAGAAGAAACAAAUCCUUCGAUAGAAAUGGACAACCAAUUACCGACAUGAUAACGUAAGACAAGAAAAUCAAAAUUUACUCCAAAUCAAUUGCACGUGAAAAGCUCA